UUUUUCUGACAUAAUUCAAUGUUUUAUUUGCAUGUUUACAUAUAUUUGUAUUGAGCCAUAAUAAGAACAAAAUUCAACAACCAAACAUGUAUUGCAUCUCUUCUUAAGGGCAGAAAAACCAGCAGAAGAAUAACAAGAUAAAAAACGAUGUCAGUUGUAGAAGAUUCCGCCACAAAACAUUUAGAAACUUCUAGUUCUUUCAACAAAGAAUUGAGUGCCCCAGUCCCAGCUCCUAUUCAGAGAGAUCCAGUGGAGGAACGAAGAGCAAAAUGCACGUUCUCUCAGCUAAUUACUGCUGUUGCCGUUUCCCUUUUGUCUUUGGUCAUGGGAUACGCAACCGCAUACACUUCACCAGCUGAAGCUUCCCUCAGAAGGGAUAUGUACUUGGGUAAUGGUGAGAUAUCCUGGAUUGGCGGACUAUUGCCGCUUAGUGCAGUUUUUGGCGGGCUCUUGGGUGGCAUUUCAAUUGGGUAUUGUGGAAGAAAGGGAACCCUUUUUCUCAUCAACAUAAUAUUCCUCAUAUCGUGGUUGCUGAUAUAUUAUGCAGAAAACUUUUACUAUAUAUACGUGAGCCGAUGUCUGGCAGGAUGCAGUUUAGGACUGGCCACACUAACGCUACCAGUUUAUUUAGUUGAAACUUUACAACCUGAAGUGAGAGGUGUCCUUGGACUGUUACCAAUGACCUUCGGAAACAUCGGAAUACUUUUAUGUUUUAUAUACGGAAUCUUCGUCGAAUGGAAAUUCUUAGCUGCCAUCGGAAUAUUGCUUUCUCUCCCAUUCCUGGUUUUCUUCUUAUGGAUAAUUCCCGAGUCGCCCACAUGGUAUCUUCAUAACAACAAACCAGAUAAAUGCAUGAAAACGUUGGCUUGGCUGAGAAACGAUAAACAAGACGUGACGGAAGAAUUCAACAAUUUGGUGAGAGCGCACAACGAAAAGAAAUCAAGAAACACAAGAUUAACCACCCUGUUCAAGCAUCCCAAUCUCAAGCCUCUGUCGAUCAUUUUAUGCCUCAUGUUCUUUCAACAAUUCAGCGGCAUAAACGCGGUAAUUUUUUAUACCACCUCAAUAUUUCGAGCAUCCAGAUGGGACCUAUCUCCUAUGGUUUGUACAACCAUCAUUGGUUUGGUUAAUUUAUUGGCGACAUUUCUCGCGAAUGGACUCAUAGAUAAACUUGGAAGGAAAUUACUACUACAAGCUUCCAGUAUAAUGAUGACAAUGGGUUUAGGAUGUUUGGGGUUCUACUAUUAUGUGAAAGAAAUACUAGACGUUGACGUUGAGGAGUAUGGUUUUUUAACUCUCAUCAAUCUGAUAAUAUUUGUUGCUGGAUUUUCGAUCGGAUUCGGACCAAUACCGUGGCUGAUGAUGGGCGAGCUUUUACCACUCGAAAUAAAAAGUCUCGCUGCCGCUUUAGCUACAUCUGUCAACUGGAUAUGCACUUUUGUUAUUACUGUCACAUUCCCGUCCAUAACGCAAAUGUUUGGUUAUUUUGCCGUUUUCUGGUUUUACUGUUGUAUGGUUAUCACCGCUGGCUUACUCACUUGGCUAUUUGUACCAGAAACAAGGGGAAGAAGCCUUGAUGACAUUGAAAGAAGAUUAUCAGGACAUCAAAAUAUUCAACAUGCCAAGUCAAUUGCUAUGUUAAAACCUUUUCCUGCAACCACUAUGUAAUGUAUGAUAAUUAUGUAUGUAUUAAUGAUAAAAAUUUCAUGUGAAAAAUCUCGUAUC